GUUAGAGAGUAUAUGAAGACUUACCUCGGUGAUACGAAAGAAUCGAGAGACUUUGCCAGGCAGUUUGUGGAGAAGCGGAAUUACUUCCGCAACCAGGCGCGGCUGGAGAAGCAGCAGGAGGAGGACAGCAUUUGGGGCCCAGCGCCUGCUAUCAACCCACACAGCCAGACCAGAGUGGGUGGUGGGGGCAACAACAGCAACUCUGCCAAUGAUGUUGGUGAAGGUGGUGCAGGCAAGGCCAAGAACCGCAAGAAGAAGCAGAAGAUGCAGAAGCUGGAUGGUAGCAUUCUGGGAUUCACCGUCCAUGCUGACCCCAACAGGAAGAACGCCGCGGGCGAGGUUGAGAGCAUCCAGUGA